AGAAAGCGGAGAGAUCGGUCUAGGAUUUAUUAUGCCCAGUUUGACCAGUAAUUGCCAAUAUAACCAAUCGGACCCAUGGUGAAGAGAAAGAAGACGUCGCCCACUACCGAAGAUCACGAAAAUGGCAUGACACCGGGCUCCAGGGAGGGGAUCGGUGUCGAUGGGAGGAGGAAUCCGUCCAGAAAGCCCGAAGGUUGCGAAGAGGAGGAGAGCGGAGAGCAGGCGACCGAGGAGCGCAGUACAAAGGGAGACGACGGAGUGGAGAGUCUUAAUCCAUCAGCUCCGGGUUUCAGCCCCGGUUCAGCUCCGGUUCUCCCAGCCUCUCCGCCGAACCGAACCGGACUAGGCUCGACCCAGCCCUCCACGGAUCCCGCCCCUCCGUGUCACGAUCAACAUCAUUUUCUCCGAUCAAGUGUCCGACCUCCAAGCAAACGGAUCCGGAAGGAUUCAAUCGGCUCAACCAUCAAUGGACAUGGCGGGGCAAAAUCGAAAGGGGCUGAGAAUGGUUCUUCCUCUCAGGGGGCAGUGGGACAGUCGGGGCCUGUGGCCGGCUCUACUGGGGGAGUGUCCAAGGCGUCCAAGGGCCAAGGGUCUGCUGACAAGGAGGAGCAAGCUGGUAACCAGAAGAGGGCCCGUCGGCAGUGGGAGUCUUGGAGCGCUGAAGACAAAAACAGCUUUUUUGAGGGGCUCUAUGAGCACGGGAAGGAUUUUGAGGCUAUCCAGAACAACAUUGCAAUGAAGUACAAGAAGCGAGGGAAGCCUGCCAACAUGGUGAAGAACAAGGAGCAGGUCCGCCACUUCUACUACCGCACGUGGCACAAGAUUUCCAAACACAUCGACUUUGCCAAUGUGUACUCCCGGGUGCUGAAAAAAUCCUCUCAAGAGCUGUACGGUCUCAUCUGCUACGCCGAGCUCCGCAAAAAAGUCGGAGGAUUAAUGGAUGAUAAGAAUGUGGCAAAGCUGAACGAACUCAUCCAGCAAGGGGCCACCACUGUGCGCUCCAAAGGGAGGAACCUUCGAAUCAAAGCACCCAUGUGCCGUGCACUGAAGAAACUUUGUGACCCAGAUGGAGUAAGUGAUGAGGAGGACCAGAAGCCGGUACGUCUUCCCCUGAAGGUGGCAGUGGAGCUCCAACCACGUAGCAACCACUCCUGGGCCCGCGUUCAGAGUCUCGCUCACAACCCUCGCCUCAGGAUGGUGGUUGAGCUCCACAGGAAAGUCUCCAGUCUCAUUGAGUAUCUGAAACAGAAGUGGGCGUACCACGACCAGCGGAUUCUCAAGAGUCUGAUGGAGAGGGAGGCUCUGGAGGGCAGCCAGUCCAGCACAGCCUCUUCCAGCAAAUCCCAGCCGGAGGAGCUCUUUCUUUUUCCGGCUGAGAGCAGCACCUUGACGAUGCUGCCCGGUGUGGCACGUGUGGUUCACUCCAAGGCCUCCUGCACUGUUCACUGGCUAGAAAGCGGAAAGAACCGGCCUAAUGCAAAGGAGCUGCCCACUGCCCAGAUCCUGGGAAUACACACUGCUCCACCAAUUCGGACUGGUGCAAAAUCUGGACGAGGAAGCACUGCCGCUGCUGCUGGAGUUGGUGGCGCUUCAGUAACUGUAUUGAGUGACACACGUCGGACUGAGUCCCUAAACCCGGAGCCUUCAUCAGACAGUUCUGCAAAGAUAGAGGAGAAAAGACCACUACCUGUCUCUGUCCCUGCUUCCUCUCAGCAGGCUCCCAGAGAAGAUGGAGCUGGGAUGGGCCCCUCUGAAGGGAGCAAGAACUGCACUGGAGCAGAGACCAGUACCUGCUUAUCGUUGACCAAAAGCAAUGAUAAGUUGUGUAGUGGUGCAGAGAGCUCAUCGGAGCAAUCUAAAGAGGAGCAGAACAAUAGCACUUCUUCUCCAGAGGCCAACCAGACACCUCCAGGCAAGCCACCCGUGGCUGCAUCAGAGGAGGGCAUGCCGCAGGGCUCUGCCCCGGCGGCCAAAGAACGGACUGCUGAGCAGAUCAGAGAGGAGGGCUGGAGCCCCCGUGAUGCAGAGAACGUCACCCUGGCUGAGCUAUACUUGAUGUUAGGAAAGCCUGGCAAGCUGCAGCUGGAGUAUGAGUGGCAACCUAUCGCAGUUACUGACAACACCCAACAAAACGGACAAACCUCGGCACAGACUAAGCCUAGCAGGACACACCGCGUGUUGCGCUGCCUGCUCAGACUGGUUGCAACUGAGGUCAAUCCGAAACCUUUGGCUCCAGAGCUGUGCUCCACAGCCACAUCACCACUCAAAACCCAUCAGGAGGAGCAAAACCAGGCCCUCACGCCUCCAGGAAAGGGUCCAUUAGCAGGUGUUCGCAGCCCCAGCUGUGGCAGACAGCAGGCCUCUAUCCGAGGGGCCAGAUUACACCUGCCAAACGUUGGAGGCUCAGGUGGUCGUAAUCUUCCCCGCUCUCUGCUGGGGUCGACAGCAGGCGGCGAUGCAGAAGGUGGUGUGUUCGCUGUACCCACCACGCUCCCCCCCAACAGUUCACGCCACAACAGAAUGUUCUCCCCCAACAAGGAGGCAGAAUUGGCCUUAAGGCAACAGCUCGACUCCAUCAGUAUGCAGUCAGAUCUUUUUCUUUCUAGACCGCGAAAACCUCGAAACAGACAACUUCGGAAACCACUUGUGGUUCAGCGAACUCUGUUACCCCGAACUACUGGAGACACUCCUCAGCAUGUUUGCUCCUUCUCCAUCCUCUCCAACUCCUCUGCCACAGGAACUGGAUCUUUCCGGCCAAUCCAGACCCGUCUGACUCCUUCCUCCCGCCCUCUCCCCAAAGCUUCCCCUGCUGCCUCCAGCUCUGCAGCGGCCAAUCAGCUCUCCAGUGCCAUCGACCUGGCAGCCAAGUCUGCAGGCAUCAUCCCUGGCAGUCCCUGUCGGGAGCUGGAUUCUCCCGCUGUUGAUAACAGCACCCUGCUUGGCACCACGCCCAUUGUAGAUGCUGAACCGAACUCUCAGCUUCUACAGCACAAUGUCCCAGAGAAUGGUCUGCCUCCACCGUCUCCUGGAGUGACUGGUGGUGGAGACUCGCUCCUCUCUCCACCCAGCGUAGCCUCACUCCUCGACAUCUCUCUCCCCGGCCCCCCUGAAGAGGCUCUCGCUCCCGGAGAACCUCAAACACACAUCAGUGACUCCAUCAUUGAGCUCGCCAUCAACUCUGCCCACUAUGGUGAGGAGACGGCUCUCUCUCCAGCCAAGCUGAGCAACAGCGACAGCUCCAAACUGUUGACCUCAUCUCCCUCAGUCAGCCCGUCCCGAGGCUGGAUCCCAUCGCCCAGCCAUGACCCCCAGUGGUAUCCCAGCGACUCAUCUGACUCCACACUGGGAUGUCUCCUCUCCAGCAUGGUCUCUCCUGAUAAGGGCAGGCGGACCACCCUAACCCCCUCUGGCCCCUCCAGUGGCACGGCUCUGCUUGGUCCUAGCCUCCUGGACUGCAAUUCCCAUGAUUCCUUUCAGUCCCGUGGCCUUCCUGAUGUGGCAGAGAUGGACUCUCAGCUUGCUUGUAUGAUGAGCGAGAGCAGCGUGGACUACAUCGCUCGCUUCAAUGACCUGGCUCAGGAGCUGGCUGUGACCGAGCCCUCCAUCCCACCGCCCUAAGAAGGAGGAGGAGGAACUGGCUCCACCGGCACAAGGCCAUCUGGAGGACAUCUUGGUGUCUAAACUGUCGUCGUGCUCUCCCUUCAAAGGAGGAAAAAUAACAGCAGAGAAUGACCAAACCCCAAAGCCAUCCCUGCCCUGUUUGUAAAAGUGCAAUAAUUACGGUGAACCGCGACCAUUGUUCAAAGCGAGUUAGAAACGCGUUGGUUUCACUGAACUGUUCUUUAAGGUGAAAUGCCCUUUAAAAACAAACACUUUAGAAAAACAGAUGCGUUUACAAAAAACAACCUCAUGUACAGGAAAAUACUAUGCCAUAUCUGAACAAAAAAUAUUUUCACUGAUCUUUUAUGUCUCUUCCUGCUCUUUUUGUGUGUCUGUCUGUCUGUCUGUCUUCUUCUCUCUCUCUGAUUUACCCCCCAAAAAUGUGUAUAUCCGCCAAAAUGUGCAGUUCAGAUCCCAGCUGGUGGCAAACCGCUGCUGGUAGGGGACUUUAGAAAAAUAAUGGCAGCGAGAAGGAGGUUGUUUCUUUGUGGCCUCGGUUGCAAAAGUAGAGCACAACACGGUAGGGAAGGUAGAAGUAAAAAAAUCCUUUGCCGUCGCCCUCCAUUUCAUGUGCUCUUCAUCUCCUAUCAGUUCAGGUGUUAUUGGUUGUGUUUAAGGAAGAAAGCCUGCCCCCCCGCACGCGUGUGUUUGGAAUCAGGUUCUUCAUUUUGUUAUACAGUCAAAAAACGGCAGCUUUCGUUUGGUUGACUACAUUUUGGUAGUAACUCUACAGAUGUGAUCAUCAGUGACUCCAUGAAUUUUGUGCUGAAAUCAUAUUGGAGUUCAUUGUCAAUCGCUUAUAAUGUCUAAAGAAGAUAAGACCCGUUGAACUUGUUGCAUAAGCGGGUUAAGAAGAAAUAACAUACUUCUACUUUCUUCCUCUGCAUACUUGGAUUCAUCUUUCCGAAGUUCUGAUUAGUUCAAACUAAACAAAUAAAAACAAGCCUGUUUUUAGUCAAGGCUCGAACCCAAAAUUUGACCAACCACAUUCAUUUUUUAUUCAGGCUAAAAUGAAAAAUGUUUUGGGUACCUCCUGGUAGUGUUACACUCCGUUUAAACUCCACAGGAGCUAGCAGUAAGUAUGUAAUCUAACACUAAAGCCAUAGCUGACACUCCACUUUUUGUACUUUAAGUCCUUUUUAAUCACCAGUAAAACCCUUUGAUUGGUUGUGCUCAAAACAUAAUUCCCCACUGGUUGCAAUUAAACACUAGGGCUAAGGUCAACAUGAUUGGCUUCCAAACAUCAUCUUGCCUAAGCCCGGUCUGCAUGUGAUGACGUUAUGAGGUUAAAACAUGUUUCAAGUGCUUUCUGUUACCGUUUGAUGCACUGUUGUUUACAGCAAAUACACACAGACCACAUGAUCCUCAUCACAUCCAGAUGUUCUCUGAACUUCAAUUUACCAGCAUCGUCAAUAUGCAGUAUUGUAAACAUUUUUGCCUCAGUGUGUUCAACUUCAUCUCCGUGUGUGAAAAUUGUCGGAGAGCUUAUGUCGUCAUUCCACAAAUGGGAUUUAAAAUGUUGGUCUCCUUUGAGCACCUUUUGGGGGGCUUUGACGCUACAGUGUAAAAGCUCUUAUGAUUAUUCAUUUGGGAAAGGCUUUAUCUUCUCACACUAGAUUAAAAAAACAAUGAAGAUGGUUCUUAAUGAGGAAUAAACAGCAGGUUUUAUCUUUGAAUCUGGCAUGUUUUUUUGUUUUUUUUUGUUGAAGGAUUUAUUUGUACAAAUGGCAAUUCCAGUAUUCACUGCGCUUUUGUAACAUAAUGUAAAUUGUUAUUUGGACUAUUUAUUGUUAACAUUUCAGAAAAAUGUUUCUGUUUAACUUAAUAUUAAGAUCUAAAAAGGAAAAACCUGUUGUUUAAAGUUUUCAGUUUGUAAAAGGUGUUUUUAUUCUGUGUAUAAAGAUAGUUAUAAAAAAACAAACAACUUUGUUUCUGUGUUUUCAACCUGUUAAAUUCAAACUUAAUAUUUUGUGGCCUUUGAAUUAUAAUGUGUUUAAGGUUUUGGUUUAUCUUUGGACCCAGUAACUCAGUACUGGGUCCAAAGAUAAACCCCCUGUUAGGAGGACUAUGUCGUUUAAAAGAAAACAUAUUUCAUCCCAGCUGAAACAUUUGUUAAACAAUUAAACCCUGAAAUAAAACAGCAGGAAUAAUAUUGCUCAUCUGCUGGUUAUUACAUGAAAUUGGUUGAAAAGGGA